AUGCGUUUAGUAAAUUUCUGCGGUAAGAAAGUCAAAGAAAAGCUGAGUAAUUUUCUUCCAGAUCUUCCAGGUAUGAUCGACACUCCCGGUGCUCAGGACAAUAGCAGUCUUCGUUCUCUAAUUGAAAAGCCUCCAAUUUGUGGAAACUCCUUCACACCGUUAACUGGAGCACUACUGACUGGAUUCAGACUUCACGCUGGCCCGCUUCCAGAGCAGUGCCGACUAAUGCACAUACAACCUCCAAAAAAGAAAAACAAAAAGCACAAACAGAGCAGAACACAAGAACCAGCUCCUCCAGAAACACCGUCAGACUCUGACCACAGAAAAAAGAAGAAGAAACAGAGGGAAGAUGACCCAGAAAGAAGGCGGAAGAAGAAAGACAAAAAGAAAAAGAAGGUGAUUAAGCAAGGCCUGGUAAAGGCUGGACUCCAGGCAUAUAUAAAAAGCACAAAGUUAAUAUAG